AGGAAGGUAGUGACGUCAUGGGUAAACAGGUUCUGUAGCCGUGGCAGCGGCCGUGGCAGGCUGACUGGGUACCCGCUGCCGCUGACCCGGGAGAAGCUGUCUGUCUACAUCAGCCUAGGCUGCAGCACGCUGCCGCCGCGGGGCCAGCAGCUGAACUAUGUGUCUUCAGGGCGGGCACCGUGUUGCAUUCAUCUUUGUACCCCCAGCAUCUAGCAGUGUUGGCAUGUAGUAGGCACUCAAGAAAUGUGUGUUGAAUGAACGAUGCCUGUGACAAGCAAGCGGACUUUAUUCUUUCCUGACCCUUGCUCCUAUGACACACCUCCUCCUGACUGCCACUGUCACUCCUUCAGAGCAGAACUCCUCUAGGAAGUCUGGAUGGGAAACAGCCAUGGCCAAGGACAUCCUGGGUGAAGCAGGGCUGCACUUUGAUGAACUGAACAAGCUGCGGGUGUUGGACCCAGAGGUUACCCAGCAGACCAUAGAGCUGAAGGAAGAGUGCAAAGACUUUGUGGACAAAAUUGGCCAGUUUCAGAAAAUAGUUGGUGGUUUAAUUGAGCUUGUUGAUCAACUUGCAAAAGAAGCAGAAAAUGAAAAGAUGAAGGCCAUCGGUGCUCGGAACUUGCUCAAAUCUAUAGCAAAGCAGAGAGAAGCUCAACAGCAGCAACUUCAAGCACUAAUAGCAGAAAAGAAAAUGCAGCUAGAAAGGAAUAGCAUCUCACUUGUCAUCCUGAUUUGAAGAUUUUUAAAAAUAAAAUUACAUUUGAUGGGAAGGAAAUAGAAAACUUAGUAUCAAACCACCUCUAGUAGUUUGAGCAUGAAAGGGUCUACGAAGUUGGCUGGCUCUCUGAAAGAAGACUUUCCUAGGGCUGGAGAUUUCUCAUGGGUGGCUCUGGGUAGGGCUUUGCCUCUUUCUUUCUUCAUUCUGAACUCACACCAUUUCUUGAAAUCAUUUAAACCUCUAUAUCCUUCUCUAGAAGAAUUAAGUCUGUGGUUUACUUCAUCUUUUUUUUAGGGCCUCUAACAAUUUUGUUUUUCAGGUAUCGGGUUGAAUAUGAAGCUUUGUGUAAAGUAGAAGCAGAACAAAAUGAAUUUAUUGACCAAUUUAUUUUUCAGAAAUGAACUGAAAAUUUCUUUUAUAGUAGGAAGGCAAAACAAAAAAAGCCCCUCAAAACCAAAAAAACCUCUGUAGCAUUCCAGCGGCUUGACCAAUGACCUGUCACAAGAGGUGGCGUGUAAGGAACGCAGCCCCCUGAAGACAGCACUACAAGUCUGGGGGAGCCAGUUUUAAACAUCAGUGCACAGCUGCUGCUGGUGGCCCUACAGUGUACGUUCUCACUUCUUAUGCUUAAUUGGAACUAAGCAGUUUGUAAACUUUCAUCCUUUUUUUGUAAAUUCACAAAGCUUUGGAAGAAUACAUUUUUGUUUUCAAAUGGC